AUGGCUGUAAUUCUACUUUAUGUGGAUGAUAUUAUCAUGACUUGUUCUUCUCCAACACUGAGUGAUCAUAUUGUUAAUUUUCUUAUGCAAAUAUAUCCAGUGAAAAAUUUGGGUUCUUUGCAUUGUUUCUUGGGAAUAAAAGCAACAUUUCAGAACAACUCUCAGCAGCUCUUGUUGACUCAGAAGAAGUAUACACUGCAAUUGUUGCAGAAAUAUGAUCUUCUGAAUUAUAAGUCUUCCAAAACACCAAUUACAAAGGGUACAAGGCUAUCUAUCUCUACUGGUGUUCUUCUGUCAGAUGCUACUGAGUAUAGAAGAAUGGUGGGGGCUCUGCAAUAUCUUACAAUGACAAGGCCUGACAUAUGUUUCAGUGUGAAUUAUGUUGCACAAUUCAUGCAGUCUCCAACUGAUGAACAUUUAUUUCUAGUCAAAAGAAUACUAAGGUACUUGAAAGGUAUUGUUGGUACUGGAGUAUUGCUCUUCGCUGGUGAUAUUAGUUCUAUUUCUGCGUACUCAGAUUCAAAUUGGGAAGGAUGCCCAGACACAAAAAGGUCUACCUCUGGAAUGUGUGUCUUCUUAGGAUCAUCUUUGGUGUCAUGGUCUUCAAAAAAGCAUCCUACUAUAUCCAAGCAUAAUACAAGUCUCUGGAUCUUGCUGCAGCAGAGGUGUCCGGCAACCAAUCCAGUGUUUCAUGCGAGAACAAAACACAUUGAGAUUGACUACCAUUUCAUCAGAGAGUUAGUCAGUUCUGGUUUUCCGCAAGUCAGCUAUGUUUCUUCUGCAAAUCAGAUAGCUGACCUGUUUACAAAGGGAUUGGUUCUUUGUGUGUUUCUAUCUUUAGCUGGCAAGCUGCUCUAUUUACAUCAAUAUCAGCUUGAGUGGGGUUGUAAAGAUUCAGAAAUGUCUGAAUCUUGUUAUGUCUGA